AUGUCUGGGAAAUGCAAUAAAGAACGACACAAAGCAUCCAACGUAGAAGGGGUGGCUAUUUUCCUUGAUGUCGUUCCAUCUCAUCACAAUUAUGUUGAGGCGAUAAAUCCGGUGGCAAUGCAGGCCAAGGUAGCACAAUCACAUUUUGCUGCUGAAGAUAAUUUGCCGAAUAGUGUAUCUGUAGCCUUCACUGCUGGGGUGAGGUUAAGGAGUAGUUCCUGGAGCGGCGGGAUAUUGGUGUUCGACAAAGUUAUCAACAACGUAGGAGAUGGGUAUAAUCUGUCCAAUGGAAUAUUUACCGCGCCCACUGGCGGGAACUAUAUGUUCUAUGUCAGUAUCCAAAGUGAUAGUAACAAUGCAGAUAUUUGGAUAGACAUUGUGCUAAACGGAUCUAGUAAGGCCCGAGCAAUCGCGGAAGUGUUUAACAGCAACGUUGGCUAUGAAACAGGUACAAACAUGGUGACAUUACGACUUAAGCAAGGGGGUCAGGUUUGGAUCAAACAUAACCACGGUAAAGGUUAUUACACCCAAUUAACUGACGCCCCUAUAACAACAUUUUCUGGAUUCCUCAUAUAA